GGAUUAUUCACCAGGGCAAGGGUAUGCUGCAACCCCACCAGUUGUUGGCUGAGUAUGGAGCUACCUUUUCUGAAGCCGAUAAGGAAAAACUGAAGGAUGGAGCCUUUGAGGAUGUUAUCAAGGCAGCACAGGAAGCCAUUGUUAUUCCUCCAUGGGUUGCUUUGGCUAUCCGACCUAGGCCUGGAGUCUGGGAAUACGUCCGGGUCAAUAUCAGUGAGCUCGCUGUGGAGGAGUUGACUAUUCCAGAAUAUUUGCAUUUCAAGGAGGAACUUGCUGAUGGAAGCCCACAGAACAACUUUGUGCUGGAGUUGGAUUUUGGGCCCUUCAAUGCUUCUUUUCCUCGCCCCUCGCAGUCAAAAUCUAUAGGUAAUGGAGUGCAGUUCCUCAACCGUCACCUCUCUUCAAAGUUGUUCCAAGACAAAGAAAGCUGGUACCUCUUGCUUAAUUUCCUAAGGAAACACAACUACAAAGGCAACAACAGUGCUACCUCUUGUUUAUAUUUCAGGCCAACUGUUCAAUCUGUUCAAAGCUCAUAA